GCAACUUUGAACCUCCCCUUGACCCCUCCAGAGAGGAAAGGACGGAGCAGCAAGUACGCUUCCAGAAAGAGGACGGAGGCUUGAUCAUGCUGAACCCCAUGUCCGACAGCAGCUCCCUUAUUAGUGCCGCAGCCUCUGGAAAGCUGCGCCUGGUGCGCCUGCUUGUGGAAGGUGGGGCGCAUGUCGACGGACGCAACUCCAGAGGGGAGACGGCCCUGCUGGCCGCUUGUAAAGCCCUACGUGGAGAGCCUCCUGGACCUGAAGCCAUGAAGAUCAUCACCUACCUACUCCAGAAAAGGGCUGAUCCAAACACAAGGGACAAGGAGGGGCAGACCGCAUUGAUGUACGCCUGCAUGGAGGGAGCUGGAGCCCAGGUGGCGUCCCUUUUGCUGUCUGCAGGGGCGGACCCCAGCAUGGAGGACCAUUCGGGGGCUUCAGCCCUCGUCUAUGCCGUCAACACGCAGGAUGAGCCCACGCUGAAGAAGAAAGGAAGCCUGUUUGUUUUGGCAAGGGCCGAGUGUCCGGACUACCUGGACGUCCACCCGACCCUUGACACAUCAUCGUCUGUGUCCUGCAUGUCCCCGUCCGACAUCGUCCUCAAGACUUGCUCUCCCAACUCCUCUGACUGUGAGAACAUCUUCAACUUCAAAGGAACAGGUCAGCGGGGAAGCAUCAUCAAGCCGCCCUUCUGUGACCUCCUGUACCCGCCACCCAGGCAGAGAAUGUUCUCUGAGCCGUGCCUGAACAUUCCCAACCUGGACCGUCUCACCAGAGCUUACGAGGAAGGCCUGAAGGCGAGGAACCUGCGAGGAGAGAGAGGCAGAGAGGAUUUACAUCACUCCCAAAGCCGCAGGAACACAUUCCCCACCGGCACGCUUCUGCUUCACCUCCCGCCCUUGGUGAACAAAUCAAGCGCUCCCCUCCAAGCCUCCAAGAGUGGGAUGGUUCUUCUGCCUCACCCGCCUUCGUCAUCUUCAUCUUCCUGCAGGACAUCAGGACACCCUCGUUGCCUCCGCUCCCCAUCAUCACCAACGCCCCCUUACCCCCCUGAUGGUACCUCUUCUUCCUGGAGCAAGAGGAAGUUACCACGCCGCCACUCAGUGCAGCUUGAACACAUUUGAAAAGCAUUUAGGACCAUUUUUGAGGUUGUAGAUAGAGAGAUACUUUAUUCAUCGACAAGAAACAUGUCUUUAACUUCUUGAAGUUGUUACUAGCAGGCAGUGGCGGAGCCAGACAUUUUUCAGGGGUGCCAAUAAGUUAUACCCUGAAUUGUCCAGAUGGCCUGUGGGGUGGCCGGAGAGUGACCAGGGGAGGCCAGGGCCACCACUGCUUUUGGAGCGUCUAUUAGAGCAAUUAAUAGCAACUAAUGAUUUCAAUGCAUUAUUUCUGGAUUCUGAUCACCAUCAUCGCAGCCAAACCCGCGCAGGGCAUAAUAGGGAAGUGGGUGCCGCCGGUGGGGACUCCUGUUUUAACUAAAGACUGCUUGGUUUACAUGCCCACUCGUGCUGCUACAGAGCGCUUCCACUAUUAACAUAUUUAUGUGCUGAAUCACGCUUCAGAAUUUAAGUCAAAGUCAACAUAGUGAGAAAACUUGACCGGAACCGACCAUAAUGCAAACCUACCUACCGCUUGCAGUUCAUGCAAGACGCGGUUUCAUUGACAGCUCCUCCACACGGAAAGUUGUGUGUUGCAGUGAAAUGCGUCCAAGCGGAAACGGCGGUUAGGCUGAAUAAUGUUCUGCACCACAGAGCCUCGUUUGUCAAAAUUGUCCCCCAGCCGUGGGGGGUUGGCCACUGAAGGUCGCCGCAGAGUGACCACUAACUUAUUUAGUAUGAUGUGUACAUUUGUGUACACUAAAUAAGUGUCCCCUCGUUUUUGUAUCCUUGUUAAAACAUAUUGCUGCAGUCCUCCUCCUCCUUCGAACCGUAGAUUCACUUACGAGACAGCAAGCUAGCGAUGUGAUGACUCAGGAGGCAGGCCGGUACAAGGAGAUUGAUUGCCAAUGUUGUACAGCCAAUCAAGACGCAGAAAAUAAUGGGCGGAGCAUCCAGAUGAGAAAGGGAAGA